AGCUUCCCGAAGGGAUGGAGCCAGGCUGGGGUGGGAACAGCACUCCCCCCAGCCGGCCUGGGCUCGGCCAGGGGCUGCUGGGCCCGGCGGGGGACCCCAACCUGACGCUGCUGCACACCCGGGACGAGGAGCUGGCCAAGGCAGAGGUCGGGGUGCUGGGCACCAUCCUGGCCAUCGCCACCGUGGGCAACGCGGGGGUGCUGCUGGCCAUGUACCGCCUGCGCAGGAAGAUGAGCCGCAUGCACCUCUUCAUCCUGCACCUGGGGCUCACCGACCUGGCCGUGGCGCUCUUCCAGGUGCUGCCGCAGCUCGUCUGGAAGGUGACCUACCGCUUCCUGGGGCCGGACCCCCUCUGCAGGGCCGUCAAGUACCUGCAGGUGCUGAGCAUGUUCGCCUCCACCUACAUGCUCAUCGCCAUGACCCUGGACCGCUACCUGGCCGUGUGCCACCCGCUGCACACCCUGCAGCAGCCCACCCGCCAGGCCUACGCCAUGAUCGGGGCCACGUGGCUGCUCAGCUGCCUGCUCAGCCUGCCCCAGGUGUUCAUCUUCUCCCUGCGGGAGGUUCGCCCGGGCUCGGGGGUGCUGGACUGCUGGGCAGACUUCGGGUACCCGUGGGGAGCCCGCGCCUACAUCACCUGGACCACGCUGUGCGUCUUCAUCCUGCCCGUCGGCGUCCUCACCGUCUGCUACGGCCUCAUCUGCCACGAGAUCUGCAAGAACCUCAAGGGCAAGACCCAGAGCGGUGCCCCUGGCACGGGGGGGUCCGCAGGGGCUGCCCCUCCUGCCCCCUGCCCCCCGGAGAAGGGCGGGCAGCCCUCUCGGGUGAGCAGCGUGAGGACCAUCUCCCGCGCCAAGAUCCGCACGGUGAAGAUGACCUUCGUCAUCGUGGCCGCCUACGUGGCCUGCUGGGCGCCCUUCUUCAGCAUGCAGAUGUGGUCAGUGUGGGAUGAGGAUGCUCCUGAUGAUGAGUCCACCAACGUGGCUUUCAGCCUCACCAUGCUGCUGGCCAGCCUCAGCAGCUGCUGCAACCCCUGGAUCUACAUGUUCUUCAGCGGGCACCUGCUCCAGGACGCCGCGCGAUGCCUGCGCUGCCGGGGCGGCCCCCGGGCGGGGCUGCGCAGACCCGCCUCCACCGGGAGCCUCUGCAGCAGGAAAACCACCAUCCUGAGCCACAGCCACCACGCCAGCCCUGCCAGCCUCCCCCUGCACGGGGGCAGUGCCAGGGAGCUGUACCCACCCUGCGAGGAGGGGGUGACAGAGUCGGGCACGCUCUGAGAUCCCGCGGUUACUGAUGCCCGGGCACGUCCCUCCUCUGCCACACCAGAUGUGACACCACGAGCUGUGUGUCACAGCGGCUCUCCCCCCCCAGCUGGUAGCCUUCAUUUUGCAUAAAUCUGAUUGUUUAACCCAGAAAGCAUCACUGUCCAUCUUGUCCUUGCUGCUGCACACCCUGUGAGCAUUGAGGGGGGGAUGGACAGAGCCCCUCCAGUCACUGCCUGACCACAGCACCCACCCCCUCGGGGCUUUAGGGAGCCUCUGGCUGCUCUCCUCCAGGAAGAGGAUGCUGCACCAGCAAAAUCUUCCUGGAGGGACUCGAGCUUUUUGUGUUUCACAGAUGCCAGCAAAGCAGCCUGAGCACAGCAGGAGGCAACGUGGCUCCAUCUGCUCGAGAGCUCCCCGUGAGUUCUCAUCUCCCAUCCUCAGGGCUUUGCUGGCCGAGCAGACAAGCUGGACACAGCUCUGCCCCGCCCUGGGGCACAGCACACUCACCCCUCUGGGCUGCAGAGCCUGUUCCUCUGCUCACAGGCACGUCUGGAGCUGACCCCCUGCCCACCUCCCCGGGGCCAGGGAGGGGCUGGAGCAAAGCCACGGGGCAGACACGUCCUGUCCUGCAGUUCACAGCUGUCCUGCAUCGCACUGUGCCCGUCUGAGGGCCAAAAAUGCAGCGCUGACACCCCCAAGGAGCUGCUCGGGCAGCCCUGGCCCUGCUCCAGCUCAGAUCCUGCUUCCCUCCUAUCCCUGGCUCUUCCCAUCAGGUUUACUCACAGCCCCCAACCCCCGUGUGGGGCUGCUCUGGCUGUUCAACAUCUGCUGCAUCCCAGUGCAGAGCUGCUCUCAAAUUGCUGCUGCUUUUGUCUUAUUUAGCAGGGAUCAGGGUGCCAAAACCACCCGGGGCUCAGACACGGCCUCAGGGAACUGGGGAGCACAGAGGAGGGGGGGUCUGGAGCAAGCCAUGGCCUUGCAGUCCCAGCCUGGCCCCUGCUCUUCUCCCUGUUCAUUGAAGGUAUCCCAGAGGCUGUUUUGUGUAAGAAUAAAGCAUGGAUGAGGCGGGAAAGAGCAUCCAUUUGCUCUGGGAGCCGAGCUCAAAAGCUGCUGAUGGUCAUGUAAAAACGUCCCAGCAAAGGUACCAAAUCCCCUGUGAGCAAUGUGUGUUAUUCCUUCUGUUAUCCCAGGCUAAAUCUGUAAAAAUAAGACAUUAAGAGUAAAAUAUUUUGAAAUCUUGAA